UAUUUUUUGCUCUGUCCGUGUUGUUCGUUUUCGGCGGCAAGAUAUAAAUUACGAGAACUUAACAGCUAAAUGCACGAUAUCUCUACUAUAAAGUUGUGAUAGAAAGCGAUAAGCAACAUUCGUCCGCUGUUCACAACCAGCGUCUGGUAGUCUAUGUCAACUGUGAAUCGACGUCUCCUACAAAGAUAAUUGUUUCGCGAAAUGGCGCCGCGGGACUUUUCACUCUGGUUUCAACUUUGGAGCUAUGCCAACUCUUCGUAAGAAUGCUUCGCGUCGGUUAAAUAAAUUGAAUUACAAAUGGCUUAAAUAUUUCUUGUUGUUAUACGAGAAGUUGAUCAUAUCAUUGUGAAAGGUGUAAUGUGAACUAAGUUGUGUUUAUAAAAGUGGGGAAAAUGUCGCUCUUUUACGUCUUCUUAUGGAAAAACCUCAAAUAUAUGAGGUUCCACUGGCUGAGGACCAUAUUCAUAUUCGUAGGAUGUUUGGUUUUGCUUCUAAUUGUCAUGAAAACAACACAUGCGGAGAAUAAACAAAGUCGAUAUGUUCCUGAACCUAUAAAUGAGGAAAUUUUCAAUACACACCUGAGCAGCGAACCUGAUGAUGUCAUUUGUUACGCCCCAUAUAAUCCCCGGUUGGAUGAUAUUAUGGACUCGGUUCGACAAGAGCUGAGCAUAGUAUCGUCAAGAUGGAGAUCUUUCAGCACGAAGCAAGAAAUGGCCCUGUUUUUGGAAGAAAAGAAAAACACCAAGAGUUUUUUCAUAUUUUUCGAUGAAUUCCCAAAAGAUAUAUUAUCCGAUUCAGGGAACUUGUCAUAUUCCAUAAGUGCAACGCACGGCAGAGUUUCCACUAACCAAGUAUAUUACAAUGAUCGCGAUGUCGUUGGAAUGCAAAUCUAUGAUGAUUAUAUAUCCAGUGGUUACUUUGCACUACAGUAUACUAUCGAUCGCAAAUAUAUAGAGGAACGAACGAGAAAAAGACCGUAUCCGAUCGAAGUAGCACUAUUUCCUAGAAUUGAAUUAUGGGACGUGGACAGUUUCCGAGUAGUGUUUUUCGGUUUGCUUUUUAUGCUGUUCGUAUACAUAAUAAUGCUUACAACAUUUAUUGUUCCGCUGGUCGAAGAAAAGCAAGAUGGUAUGCAGGCAUACCUGGCGUUUGCAACAAGUCACAGUUAUCUUAACCGUCUAACUUUCUACAUGAUCCGUUUGGCUUUAUAUCUCGUGUUUACAAUUGCAAGCAUUGCGAUUGCUUAUUGCUUCAGUGGACUGGGGAGCGUAAGCGUCCUAUACUUCGUUGUGCUAUUUGUAUAUUUCCUUUUGGCUACCAUGAACUACGCAUUAUUAAUGUCAGUCUUUCUGAAAUCGGUUUACUUCGCCAAAAUUGGAGGGUUUUUGGCAUGUUUCGUACCAACGGUAUUAUUUGCUAUUGACAACAGUAUAUUUCAGAAAUUUGCGUUUCUUAUAAGUGGCAACAUGUUCCUUAAAGGUUUAGAAGUUCUCCAAACAUUUACGAACAAAAGGCGACCGUUAUCUUUCAGCGAUAUAAACCUGAGAAUCACAAGCACUUCCUUCACAUUACUGGAAGUUUAUUUAAUCCUCAUAUUACAAUUUGUGAUAUAUAUUGUUUUGUAUAAUUACUUAAGCAAUCUAUUCCCGGGAUUCGGAGGAAUUCGGAAGCCGUUUUAUUAUUUUUUGCAGUGCUCACAAAAGAGGAAUCAAUCGAAAAAUCUUCAUUCAUCUGAAAGUCAUUUGCAUGAAGUUCCUAUUAAGAUAAGAAAUUUGAUGAAAACAUUUGGAGGUUUGAAGAAAAAAAAGUCAAAGGUUGCCGUGAAUAAUUUGAACAUGGAUGUGGAGAAUAAUAAAAUAACAGUGUUGCUGGGACACAAUGGAGCCGGGAAAACAACUACCAUCAAUAUGAUAGUUGGAUCAGUUGAAAAAACCUCUGGUGAUAUCAUCGUUUUCGGAGAAAAAAAUGUGGAAAUGUAUAGAAAUACUAUAGGCUACUGUCCACAGCAUAAUAUCUUUAUGCAGUACCUCACUUGCAAAGAACAUCUCUACUUCUUUUCAAUGCUACGAGGCCGAACUCACGCAGAAGCAGAAAAUGAUGCGUUAUCGCUGUUAAACGAAUUAUUAUUGAAAGAAAAAGCAAAUGAAGUGGGGGAGAAUUUAUCAGGUGGCAUGAAACGACGACUGGCGCUGGGAAUGGCCAUAUCCGGGAAGACUCCAAUUGCAAUUCUUGAUGAGCCCACUUCUGGUUUAGAUCCUGAAUCUCGGCGAAUUCUUUGGGAUAUAUUAAUAAAAUUAAGAAAGUCUAGGUCUAUCCUCAUUACCACGCACUAUAUGGAAGAAGCUGAAGUUUUGGGAGAUGAAAUCGCUAUCAUGUCGCACGGAGAACUUGUUUGCAGUGGAAGUUCAAUGGAAUUAAAACGAAGCUAUGGUUCAGGUUAUGUGCUGAAGUUAUUAACGGAUAAGUUUUUCCAAGAUACGGAUAUAGAUAGAGUUAUGCCUCUUAUAAACAGAUUCAUUCCGAAAGCGAAAAUACAUUCCAUUAUAAAACCUACAUAUUGCAUAACUUUGCCUUAUUCGGAUAGGGAAUAUUUCCCGGCACUAUUGAAAGAGCUGGAAGAAGCGAAAGAUCGAUUAAAGAUAGUGUGCUUUAGUAUUACAAACAGUUCGUUGGAAGAUGUUUUUCUGAAUUGUGCAGGCAAGGAUGAAGCUGAUAAUAGUAACCAAACGGAGUCAAAGGUCCCAUAUCAAUCUCUUAAAAAUGGGUCACAUUCUACAAACCAAGCUUCUAUUGUUUUUCAUCAAGUUCUGGGUGUAAUUUAUAAGAAGCUCGUUUAUAUGAGAAACAAAUGGCUUUACACAUUAAUUAUGUACUCAUUCCCAAUACUUACUAUUGGAAUUGCUUUCUGGAUUAUGAAUACGGACACAUCCUCAUUAGAGCUUGAAAAUCUACUCAAGUUGCAAAUAAAUAUUCCAGGCAGUGAAGUUUAUCUGAAAAUAGCACCUGGAUUUUCUGAGUUUGAGAAAUAUUUGGAUAGUGAAAUAAAAAGUAUGGACGCAGUUCCGAAAUACAUUGCUCAACAUGAGUCUUUGGAAGAAACUCUGCUUACUAUUCAAGAGAAAAAUAUUACGCAUUUUUACGAUCGCAUAUUUGGUGCUGUUGAAUUGAAAACUAAUGAGAAUGCUGCUCCAAUAAUAAAAAUGUUAUAUUCAAAUAACAUUUUGCAUAGUUCGGUGUCGAUGUUGAAUCUCGUGGAUAAUGUUCUAUUGAAAUUCAAUUCGAAACAUAAUAUAACUAUCAAAACGCAUAAUGCACCAAUCCCGAGGUCUAUCAUUGUGAGUCCGGCUCGACUUGAAUAUUUCAGUUCAAUUGUUCCUAUUGGAUGCUUUUUCUACAUGCUAUUCUAUGUAUCCCUACCAUUCCGCGAGAAGAGAACACAAUUCAACAAACUUCAAAAUAUUUCGCGCACCGUUUAUUGGCUUUCGUACACUGCAUUUGAUGUACUAUUACAUGUUUUCUUGAGUCUUCUCGUAUAUGCAACUCUACACAUUCUGGAUACAAAGUAUAUUUACACGGGUGAAGAAAUAAAGAAAAUAGCUGCAACAAUUGCUAUAUAUGGAAUAGCAUAUUUGCCACUUUUGUAUAUCCUAGCGAUCAGUUUCCGAUCCAUCUCGACUCUAUCUACAUAUUUGUUUUUCUUUUUAAUAAUUUCUACGAUAGUCCCUAUCAUCACCUCAGCAAACGAGAAAGCUAUGCAAACGUACGACAUUUUUAUAAUCAUAUUGAUGAUAUUACCGGAUUUCGCACUAAAGCACCAAUUGAUUACUAUAAACGAAAACUAUUUCAUUAACCGACGCAAUAAAUUAAAAACCGAAAGUGGCACUGAACAGAUUCUCGACGAUCCGCUUAACGAGAAUAAAUUUUACAUCUACAUGAUAUCGCUGUUCGUUUGUGCUGAGAUUUUCCUUAUAUACUUAUGGGACAACAUCUAUCGAAGGCAACAUUUAUCCGACACAUUAUCUGUGAAGAGAUGCUGCAAACGCACUGGCCGUAUUGACUUCCCUAUCGAGGAAGGUCUUGAUAGUGUGGAUUCAGGUCCCCAUUUAAGCAAAAAUAAUUCUUUACGAGUCAAUAAUUUACAUAAAGUUUAUGGAUGUGGCGAAAUCCAUGCUGUACGCGGUGUUGACUUUGAUGUAGAAAGUGGUGAAUGUUUUGGAUUAUUAGGGUUGAAUGGAGCUGGAAAAUCGUCAACAUUUGAAAUGAUAACCGGAAAUGAGACUAUUUUCAAAGGAUCUGUGUCUAUUAAGGGGGUCGACGUUACUGAAGAUAGAACACGGUUCAACUCCAUGUAUGGAUAUUGUCCGCAAGUGGAUGCAUUGAAUGGAUUCAUGACAUCAUAUGAAAUCAUGACCUACAUAGCGUUACUACGAGGAAUUUCCAUCAAAACUGUUGAUUCGGAAGUUACAUAUUGGUUAAAGGAACUCGAUUUGUAUCCACACCGAGACAUACCUAUCAAGUAUUAUUCUGGAGGUACCAAGAGGAAGUUGAGCACAGCAAUGGCAAUGAUUGGUGAUCCAACAGUAAUAUUUUUAGAUGAACCUACAACUGGUGUCGAUCCGAAAUCUCGCCGAUUUAUAUGGAAGUGCAUACAGGAAUUCCAGAAAAACCAUAAAACUAUUGUACUUACAUCGCACAGCAUGGAUGAAUGUGAAAAUCUUUGCAAUCGUUUGGCCAUAAUGGCUAAAGGGAAAAUUAAAUGUACCGACUACAUCCCAAAUCUGAAGAAGAAAUAUGGAGAUGAGUUCACCAUAACAUUAAGACUGAAACCAGAUUACAAGUUCAAUGACUUGAAUCAGCUGAAACGUGAAAUGCACGCAUCCUUCAGUUGUACUGAAAGAGAACAGCAUGACUUAACAAUUGUAUAUUUGGUACGUGCGAAGCCUUGGUCGGAAGUCUUCCAAAUAAUGGAGACUUUAAUUGGAAAUAAUGAAAUCGUCGUUGAGGACUAUUCUGUAAGCGAAAUUACGUUGGAAGAUGUCUUUCUCAAUAUGAAGUCGUGCUAAGCUUGGUAAAGUAUUUAAGUUAAAAACAAAAAAAAAAUGUGAUUAUACAAGAAAUAUUUUUUACAACUCUAUUUAUUUAUGUAUCACCAAAAAUCAAUGUUUAUUUGAAUAAUCAAAAAACAUUUAAAAUAUUUAUAAAUUAAGGGUUUUCAAGCAACAUAACUCGAAAUUACCUUCCAUUGUUCCAAGGCAAUUUUUUCUAAUGAUAACGUCAGAAUUUUAACCUUCUUCAAAAAUACGAGUUUUCCAGACCAUGGGGGAAACUAAUGUCCUAAUGAUUAGAUUUAACUAAUAAUUCUUCUGGAUUGGUUCAAAUUUAAAACCUUGAUUCGCGAAAAGUAUUGUGUACUAGAAAAAGGUUGAGAAUAUAAUGAAAACUUCCAGAUAGAUUCAGAUAAACGCACCCAACAGAUAGUACCAGAAAGAGUGCAGAUAUUCACUGGUUUUGGGGCGCUAAAAACAAUAAAUUUGGAGAUGGAGGCAAGUUACUUAUUCCCAUUAUCUUUCCAAUUGGUAAUGGUUUACUUAUCACGGGUAUGGGCGUUCACAAAAUCGUCAAAUCCAUUCAAUCCAAAUAAUCAGUUGUAAGGCCUAAACAAUGGAGCAAAGUGUGGGUUGGAACCUCACAAUAAUAUGCAAUGGCAAAGGAGGAACAACUAAAAAAAUGUAUCUUACCUGCAAGAACUGCAACAAAAUAUUUUCCUGGUGUUUGCAGUUUUGAUGUUACUCCAAUUCAGCAUCUCUGACGAGCCUGACUCAAGGUUCAUAGCGAAUAACAAAGUAUAUACAGUUUAUCAGGAAAUUUUAAAAUAAAAAGAUUGUUCUUUAAUAUUUAAAGCUAGAAGCAAUUAUUUUUAAAGUUUCAUGUGAAACAAAAUCUUAUUACAACGGUUCAAUGUCUGUCUGUCGCACCCGAUUUACUUGAAAACGGCUGAAGCAAUUGAGAACGUGAGAAUUUUGCACUUAGUUUAGAGAGGACUCUCCAUACAUGCAAAAGAGGGGUGUAAGUUUUUUUUUCACACAAUACAAAGUGCUCGAUUAGUACUUUGAUCUUAUUUGUGAUAUGGGAUCAAACAUAGGAGAGUGAGGGCUCAAAAUGUGUGUAGCAGGUUCGGUUCUCAGAACCUUUCUAGCCUCACAUUCGUUAUAUAAUAAUAUAAUACACAAUUUUGGAAAGUUUGACAAAAAUCCAACCUCUAUUAGCAAAAUUAUGGAGAGCCAAAAUUGUGCAUUACAUUUGAAUUUAUCACACUCUAAGAUGUGCAUAACAUCAUCAUCAUAUAAAGUGAGCGGCAGAGUUGAAGUUUGGAAAUACAUAUAUCAAGGAAUAUUUGAAUUUUUAGGUUUGUACGAAUGGAAAAACGUGCAUUGGAAAUUUCUCAUAUAAAAUGGACGCAAAACCUUUAUACCCGAAGCGUCCAGCUUCCGAUAUUCCGACUUAUUUGUUCUGCCUAUUCAGCAAAAAUUCAUUAAAAAUGAAUUGUCACUUUUUUAAAGAAUGGUUCCUCCCUUCGGCAAAAUUUAUUAGCUCAGUCAUUGAAGCUACCAGCUUUUUGGGGCAAGAGUAGAGGGUGGCAUGAGAAACAAAGGUUAUAUAUUGCGCAGAUGGGCACUUGCCCCCCGGGCGGGCGGGUGUCGAAACUUUUUUUCCACAAAACCGCCGAAAUCGGUUAAAUGCUUAAUUCUAAGCAGAAAAAGCUCCGUUAUUAUACUGGUUUUGCGUUAUUUAAAAAGUAUUGAUUUUUUGUUUAACCUUUACAAAUUUACGUUUGAUGAACUAUAACUCAGUCCACAUUGCACCUAAAAAUAAUAAAAAGGUUUAUUCUUUUUGUUAUUAAAUAUACUUUGUUUCUGCGUAGUAGAGUUAUUUGCGAAAAACCGUUUAAAAAUGUUUGAAUAACUCGAAAACUACUACUAAUCUAUUUUAUCGAUUAUUUCGAAAAAAAUAACACACCCGAGAGGGAAUGCCACAUUUGCACUAUAUAACUUUUGUUUCCUAUGCCGUCCUCUACUCCCACUCCAAAUUUCAUGCCAAUUGGUCUGGACUGAAAGAAUUUGGCGGCCGCACCCGAUUUUCAACUUCAAUGACUGGACUACAUCUUAUAAUCAUCAGACGAAUUCGGUCUCAGUAUCACAGAGACGGUCGUGAAGAAGACACCCAAUUCAGGGCCGUAAUACCGGCCCCAGUGCGUCAAUUUUUACCGGUGCAGUGACAUUCCAAUAUUUUUGGGAGCCAGGUGCUGGUGUAUUUGCAAUUACUAUUAAGGCAUAGUUCACUCAUAUUGUCAUUGUAAAACGAUCUGAAGAUCCGGAACCUUUGGUUCCCGAAAAACCCAUAUAUAAUAAUAAUAAUGAUCGUUGGCACAGCA